AUGUCGUUCGGGGUCCCACAUCGCGAUGCCGAGGCGUACGCGCAAGCACCAGGCUCGUCUUCACUUCCUUCGCCUCGUUACCCUGUUUCACCACAUCAGACGCACGGCUCCGCUCCCUUCUCUCCUGCGCAGGCGCUCCCUCCGCUAGCCGUACCCGACCCCCAGCGGCCCGCGCGCCCGGCCUCCCAAGCAGGGCCGUCGUCGCAACGCCAAAAGCCACCGGAGGCGGGUCCCUCAGCUCCGUCAAGUGCGCGCUCGGGGACUGCACAGUCUCGUCGUGGCCAGCCGCGCCCGAAUCCGCCCGCGCAGCGCUCUGAAUGGGUCAUGUGGGUAGGGAACGUGCCCUCCGACGCCUCGCACGACGAGCUAUGGCGCUUCCUCAGUCGUACACCGACGCCGCCUGCCAUGGGCACGUCUGCCUCUGCGUCCGCGUCUUCGGCGAGCUCGCCGGGUGAAGUAUGGGGCGGCGUGAUAUCGAUAUUCCUCAUCACGCGGUCGAACUGCGCGUUCGUGAACUUCACAAGCGAGGCGCACCUGCUCGCGGCGAUUCGGCACUUCAACGGCCAGCAGCUCCGGGCGGGCGACCCUCGCUGUCCGCGCCUCGUGUGCCGCGUGCGCGGACGCGAGGACGACCUGAAGGCGGGCGUCGGUGGGCAGCGCGGCGCGGGUUUGCAUGUCCGCUGGAUCCGCGACCAGAAGGAGACGGCGAGGGAGUUGGCGCGAGCGUCUGGCGAGGAGGUGCGCAGUCCGGCGAGCAGCGAGCCGCUGACGACGCCCUCGAGUUCGCCCAGCGAUCCAGCACCCCUGCUCGCGCAGCUAAACUUGAGCAGCGACGAAGAGGGCGGGAGGGGCCAUCGGUACCGCCCUCAUCCGCACUCGAGCAGUUCUGGUUCGUACGCGAGCACGAGCUCGAGCAUCCUCAUGCAGCACUUCCCGAAGCGCUACUUCAUUCUGAAGUCUCUGACCCAGAGAGACUUGGAUAUCAGCGUGAAGGAAGGGCUAUGGGCUACGCAGAAGCACAACGAGGUGACGCUCGAUCAAGCGUACCGGACCAGCAAGGAGGUGUACCUCAUCUUUGGCGUGAACAAGAGCGGCGAGUUCUACGGCUACGCGAGGAUGGCCGGUUCUAUCCAGCGCGGUGAGCACCGCGUUUCCUGGUCCUCGCGUGCGGAGUCGCCCACGCGCCGCCGCACCAGCCGCUCCUCCGUCCAGUCCGCGGGAGGCUCUCAACAACCUACGUUCUUCAGUCCUGCGGAGCACAGGUGGGAGGAGAGCCCGCUCCCCGUGUCGCCUGACCCUCCCUCACAAUCGCAGGCGCAGACACAGCCCCCGCCGUCUUCGUCGGUUGGACGCCAUUCUCUACAGCUACCGACCGAGUCCGUCCACGCGCGACCGCGUCACUCAGCUCCGCCCGAGAUGCACAGGGCUCACCGUCAAUUGAGCAGGCCCGGUGGCGCUCAGCAGCCUAUGACGGCGGACGAAGGCCAGAUUCCUCGCGCGCAGACCCAGCAGUACGACUAUGGGCGCUCGCUGCAGAUGCAAGCUGAGGUUAACGAAGCCAUCGCGCAUCCCCCGCCCCAGAUGCGGGAAUUCGAGCUCGAUCCUCAGGAGCCUCUGCGCCAUGUUCGCGAGCACUCGGCACCUCCGCAGUCCUCACCAGAGGAGGCGCGUCGUUGGGAGUCGGUGCCGCAGGAAGCACUGGACACUGUAGCCGAAGAGGACAACAAGGGCGGGCAAGAGGACGCACAGCAACGAGAGAAGGAGGGCCAGUCGUGGGGUGAGCCGUUCAAGAUCCAGUGGAUUCGCACCAAUCGGUUGCCGUUCUACCGCACGCGACACUUGCGGAAUCUAUGGAACCACGAUAGGGAGGUGAAGGUGUCAAGGGAUGGGACGGAGUUGGAACCGACGGUGGGGCAGGCGCUACUGGAGGAGUGGGAUCAGCCCGCGCCGUCGCCCCCUGCCGGAACGCCCGUAGGGGAACGACGAGCGAGGGGCCUCGCGACCGAGGAGGCGCCAACUGCCGACUCGUCGCAGGGGCCAUCAGCUGGGGAAGGAGGAUAA